AUGUAUGAGAAACUUCACAGCCUUCUCCAAGUCGCAAACGAGGCAGAUGCGAAACGAGUCUUCGACAAGAUUAGGCGUGGCGUAGAUAUUCAGAGCAUACUUGUCCAGAGCAAGAAAACCAGUCCCACGACGCCGCCGAGCACGGCGAGUGACGAAUCUCCUGGUUCAUGUUUCCAACAAUUGCGCUCGUGGAAGCACUGCCGCCCUACUUCAAGCAACAACGGGUUGCCACUCGAAACAGACCAAUCAACUAUACUGACUCUUCCCCCGCGGCCGCUUGAAGCCUACGUUUCUCACUGGCACCAGGAUAGGUGGACUCAGAUAGGAUGGACAAAGGCGCACAUACAUCACCUUAUCGAUGCCAUUUUUUCUUGGGACUACCUUCCUUUCAGCCUUUUAUCUCACGAUCUUUUUCUGCAGAGCUUCUACAGCGACUCGAACCAGUUUUGCUCCUCGGCGUUGGUAUGCGCCAUCCUAGCACUAGCAUGUCGCAUGGUAAACGAAGAUAAAGACGACCUUGAAGUUCUUCCGUCUGGCUGGAUUGGGAGCAAAACCUUCUUUGACCAGGCUAAUGCAAAGCUACACAAACACCGGUCCAAGGGCCUUCCGGAUAUACAAGCAAUCGGAAUACUCGCACUCUAUCACCUGCGAUGCGGAGAAGAAGUGAAAGCUCAGGAGCAUGCUGAAAACUUUAUUGCCAGUAUCAAAGAGUUUCACGACCCUGACUCUUCAGCUCGCAACAAGGGUGAGCAAUACGAGAGAGUGUUGGACAUUACCUAUUGUGGGGCGGUAUCCCUAUCUCGGAUAGCAGCCUUGACCCCGGGCGGGCGCAACUUGCAGAUGCUCGGUAUGCAGUUCAUCUCGGGCAAGAUUUUCGAGUUGACCGAGUGGGUGUACAAUUUUAUAGCGUUGGCUCGCUCAAACACCCGAAAUGGCUCGAGGAGUGUGAGGGCAUUCUACGAAAAGUGUCUGGACUGGUACAAGGAGUUGUUUGCCUAUGCUGAAAGUGACUGCGGCAGAACGCCGUUUGUACUAUUCGCCCACAUAUAUUACCACCACUGCCUCCUGUGUGCUUUUCGGCCCCUCAUCGGCAGGGACAUGGGAAGCACCGACAUCCGGCCAUUUAUGAUAUGCAAAGAGACUGCGCAGUCCGUCUUGGCGCUGACUCAAUCCUACGACGACCUUUUCACUCUUCGGCGCGUGUCCGAGCUCAUGCCUUAUUUCGUUUGCACUGCGGGUAUGCUUGGUCUUGGUUUGGAAACGGAGGGCAGGUCCAUGAGCUCGGUACAUCUACGCCUACAGCACACUGCACAGGAGUACGAAAGACUACCUGUGCAGCAAUCUCCCAGUACGGAUGAUGGCAACGUACGGAUUGCAUCGCCAUACAUUACAAUGUCGGCGACCGAUCACGCGCGUCUGCUGCUUACCAAGAUGGGGUCCGCACAUCCGGCAGCGAAUGCUGCCAGGAACCAGCUUCAAGUAACCUGA